CCCCGCUGCUCCCGCACCGCCGCCCCCGGUGUUAUCCCCAUUAUUAUCCCCCUUAUUAUCCCCGUUUUGAUCCUUAUCCCCGUUUUUAUCCCCGUUUUUAUCCCCGUUAUUCCCCUCCUGCCCGCCCGCCGCGGGGGGAGCGCGGCCGGUCGCGCCCUGCCCGCCGAGGGGGCACGGAGCCUUCUUUGGGACGCGAUGUCCUAUUUGGUGUGGGUGGAUGGCUUAACUUGCUGGUAAUUUCUGCUGCGUCAACACCCAGCUCAAGGGAGAGGAGAAGAGACAAGGGGGCAUUUUAACAGCAGCUCCACUUGCGGAUAGCCAGCCUCAAUCCCGGCUCCAGCAUUAAAACCCUUUCCGCCCCCUAAAAACCAGCAUCCGUGCAAGUUGGACCAAGAGUUUGUCAGGAGUGUGGUUCAAAACUGCUUGGAAAAAGGGAUGAGGACAUCUGAUGAACCUUCUGGAGCUUCUUACCAGAGACCAUUCUCCUCUCUUCAUUGAAACAUGCACUGUCCAGCUGUAAAACACUGCAAGGUUUAUUUUUGCUAACAGGAAACACUUUCAAGUAUCGGGGUUCACACCAGUGCUGUUGGAAGGUCACAAACAGGGCACCUGUGCUGCCCUGGGGCUGUUGAUGUCCUCAGCUGUUGUAGGAGAAACACUAGACCUGGAACCCAGUUUGUUACUGGACUUGUGGAAGAGGAAACAUAAAGAUCUCCAAAUGAAUAACCGAAAGGAAGAUAUGGAAAUUGCUUCCCACUACCGUCACCUGCUGCGGGAGCUGAACGAGCAGAGGCAGCACGGGAUCCUCUGCGACGUCUGCAUCAUCGUGGAGGGCAAGAUCUUCAAGGCUCACAAAAACGUCCUCCUGGGGAGCAGCCGCUACUUCAAAACCCUCUACUGCCAGGUCCAGAAAACCUCUGACCAGGCCACUGUCACCCACCUGGACAUUGUCACCGCGCAGGGCUUUAAGGCAAUCAUUGACUUCAUGUAUUCGGCACACCUGGCGCUGACCAGCAGGAACGUCAUCGAGGUGAUGUCGGCCGCCAGCUACCUGCAGAUGACAGACAUCGUGCAGGCCUGCCACAACUUCAUCAAAGCAGCUCUGGACAUAAGCAUCAAGUCUGAUGCCUCGGAGGACCUGGUUGAUUAUGAGCUGGGAGCCCCUUCCAGCAGCAGCACGGACGCUCUGAUUUCGGCGGUGGUGGCUGGCAGGAGUAUAUCCCCCUGGUUAGCUCGGAGAACAAGCCCGGCAAACUCCUCUGGGGACUCAGCCAUUGCCAGCUGCCACGAGGGAGGGAGCAGUUAUGGAAAAGAGGAUCAAGAACCAAAACCAGACAGCCACGAAGACAUUUCAUCCCAGUCUCUCUGGGCUAGUGACAUGGGCUAUGGGUCUUUGCGUAUCAAAGAGGAGCAGGUGUCACCGUCCCAUUACGGAGGGGGUGAGCUGCAUUCUGCCAAGGAUAGUGCAAUACAGAGUGGGUUCUCAGAGCAAGGAGUGGGGGAUGGCUGGCAGCCCACGGGCCGCAGGAAGAACAGGAAAAACAAAGAAACUGUGAGACAUAUCACGCAGCAAGUGGAGGAUGACAGCAGGGCAAAUUCUCCUGUGCUGCCCCUUUUACCUGCCUCAGGAUGGCCGUACAGCAGUCGAGACCCAAGCGCCGAUGCGGGGACGGAGCCCAGCAGCUCGGUGGAGCGGCCGGAGCCGUACCCCAGCGUGGAGGAGGCGCUGCUGGGAGGGGAGUCCAGCUACAUCCACCAGCCCCUGACCCCGGAGAAGGAGGACGCGCUGCAGGCCGCCACCGUGGCCAACCUGCGCGCCGCCCUGAUGAGCAAGAACAGCCUGCUGUCGCUCAAGGCCGACGUGCUGGGCGACGACAGCUCGCUGCUCUUCGAGUACCUCCCCAAAGGCACGCACUCGCUCUCCCGGCCUGGCACCAACUCGAAUCGUUCAAGGGGUGAAAGUGAUGGCAAAGUGGAAGCACCAUCUCCCCCGCUGCCUUCAGCACACCUUGCCACUCAGAGCCCCCCCAGGAUCUGCUCUUCUGGUGAAAUGUCACCAGAAACUGGGAUAAAAGGAGAGGUGCCUUCCUCAACCCAGGCCGCCUACAAGGAAUUGCUGGCACUUUGGCAGUUUGAUAACUCUGACUCGGUCAACGAGUUCACAGUCAUCAGGAAGAAGUUCAAGUGCCCCUACUGCAGCUUUUCUGCCAUGCACCAGUGCAUCCUGAAGAGACACAUGAGGUCCCACACGGGAGAGAGGCCCUACCCCUGCGAGAUCUGCGGGAAGAAGUUCACGCGCCGCGAGCACAUGAAGCGCCACACCUUGGUCCACAGCAAAGAUAAAAAAUACGUCUGCAAGGUUUGCAACCGGGUGUUCAUGUCAGCAGCCAGCGUGGGGAUCAAGCACGGCUCGCGCCGCCACGGCGUCUGCGCCGACUGCUCCGGCCGCGGCAUGGCCGGGCACCUGGACCACAACGGGGGAGAGGGGUCCCCAGACCCCGAGUGCUACCCCGGGGAAGGGCAGUACAUGGAAGACCCGGAUGACAUCAAAGUGGAAGGAGACGAGGAGAUGGGAGACGACGACGACAUCAAGUGGAAGGAUGACGUGGGCAUGUCACAGGAUGAUGUGAUUUUAGAUGAUGACAAAGAUGUCGACUCCCCGCAGGAGCAGGACAACUCUGGGGAGAACGACAAGGAUUUUACCUGGAUUUCUUAGGGAUUAUUUUUUGUUGGUUUUUUUUUUUUUUUUUUUGUUUCGCUCUGUUGUUUGUAGGGGGAGGGAGGGUGGGGAGGAAGGAGUAUGUUGGAAAAACUAAGUAGCCUUGUUGUCGUCCAUGUGUGCAAAAUAACUCUUGUGUUUUCUAAACAAGUCCUUCUCUGUUCCACUCAGACACUGUCUUAGCAGCGUCGCUUCCAGCGGCACGACUGACUUUGCCUUCCCCCUUUUCCCUUUCCCUUUUCCCCCUGUGACCCCCUGCCCAUGGCCACCCCUUUGGCCAAGCCAGCCAGGCUGCCCAAGAGGAAGGUGGAGUCUCUGCAGGUGUGAGGAGGCUGGUGAAGCGUGAAUCCUCCUCCCCUGCCCACUCCAAACCAAGCACUGGGGAGGUCUUUGUGUCCAAAGCAGGUUUGUUGGUUGUUGGUUGGGUUUUUUUUACACCUUGUCUGUGCUAAAAUCCCAGCAGCAGUGGAAUUUCAUGCUAAGGUUGUGAAAGCGGAUGGAUGUGUUGGAGGGCUUCCCCUGAUGAUACAGGCCUUUUACAAAGUUAUUUAAACAGUUUUAAUUAUUUUUAUGAAGCCAAAUAGAUCAAAAGGCAAGUCAGAUUACAGCCUUAUGAAUACUUCUCUUGGAUUCUUAGCUUCCAAAAGAAUCACCAUCAAAGACAGAUUGUGACUUUUCUUGGACCUACUGGCAUCUUACCCACGUCCUGUCUUCCAGCCUUGGUCAUCCACAGGCACUGAAACACAUUUGUGCUUCUGGAAGCACCUUUUCCUCUAGAAGACACAGUUUUGUACCUGUCAUUCUUCUCCACAAAUAUCUUCACUUUUCUCCCUUUGCUCAGCUGCCUUUUUCACAAAUAUAUGCAAACUGUAGCAAAACCAAGGCAUUUGGCUAAGUGCAGGAUGAGCUGGGAAAGGUGAGAAGCCGAGGUGAGGAGAUGCCAGCAGGAUGGAAUCUUGCUGCUCCCGUCCCAUGGAGUUUUGUGGGGCCAGGAUUUCAUCUGGGUUCCUUGUUCCUCCUUGCAUUCUUGUUGAUCAUGGGUAGGUAUAACACCUACUUAAUUCAUGACAAAAACCUUGAGCUUUAGUUUAACUGGUUCCAUGUAAAUUUUCCAAUAAACCAUUUUUUCUUUGAAUUAAGAGCCAGGUUUCUCUCCCAGCAUCUCCUCAGACUCUGUGGGGCUGUUCCAGAUAGUUGGAUUCUCCCUGUUCAUAUCGGCCACUGUUGCCUUCUUCCAGCUACACCUAAACAACUACAGCAACAGCGUGUGUUGGAAUUGUCUUAUUCCUGAGAAACAGCUUGUUCUACCUUCAUCUCUUUGCUUCUGGUGCUUUUUUAAAUUAAAAAAAAAAAAAAGCUGAAGACCUCACUGCAUCUUUACCAUCAAGCAAUUUUCUAGGAUGUCUGUGACUGUGGCACCUUGAAACCUGCCACAAAAGACAACCCAUUGCCAGAAGCCAAAUGACUCAAGGUGCUAUUUUUCUUCCUACAGGCCUGGUGGUCCAUGAGGAAAAGUGUGGUUCCACCCAGCAAAGGAAUUAAAAGUGUAUUGUACAAUAAACCCCCAAGUAAUCUGAAAGGAUUUAAGCCACUCUGUGCCAGGAUUUCAUGGAGCGUGGUGGGAGCCUCAAUCCUGGCACCUGCAGGAGCUGGGCUCUCUCUCCAUUCCCUCCUUCCAGCUGCAUCCUGGGUUUGUGGCCUUCACUCCCUUUCUCUGCUCCUCAGUUCCUUGCAGGCAUUCAGCACCUUCUCUCUGCCUCCAUCACCCCAGUUCACUGUUGCUUCCAUUGGGAGGCUCCAGGCUCCUUCCCCAUCGAUCUGGGGGUGCUCAGUGAUGUGGGAGCACAGAUCUUCCCUGAAAUCCUCAGUGGGGCCACACCAGCACUGCUGCUGCUGCCCCUUGGACUGGAGGAGUGAGUGGCACUUGUUGCUUUAGGCAAUGAGCACUGAAAACCCUCUUUAAAUACGGAGAGAACAGAGCAGAUCAUGCAGGAACAUUUCUCUUAACUUGUAAAAAUCUCAUUUUGCGUUUCAGCUUCUUUUCCUUCUCCUCCCUUAUUUAAAAAGCUGUAAAAACCCACCCGGUAUGUCACAAUUGGACAUUUAUGUACCUUUUUCCAGUGGUUUGGAGGGGUCACAGAGCAACGAGGCUGUUCCCUUAUCCUGAUUUUGGCCUCCCCCUCCUGGAGUGUGGGCUCUGUAUUUAUUGUCAUUUACCUUGUAAAUAGGAAGGAUUAGGGGGUGUCUGAAGUCCUGAAUGUGCAGCCUCACCUGUUGCAUGUAGACAAAUACAUACAGUACUUAAAGAUUUAUCUUUAGCUUUGCUUUUUAUAUGUAAAAAUCUAUUUUAAAGAGAAUUUUAAAGCCCAAAUAGUUCAAACCCCUGGGUUUGUGUCACAUUCCGAUGGCCCAUCCCCUCCAAUACUGGUGUGUGAAUCCACCUUCUGAGGAGGAGCAAGUGUGGACCACCUCUUCCUCCCUGCCCUUGGGGGACUCAGUUUUGUCAUCAGAGUUAUGGAAUGCUGAGCUUUCUUCACAAUUCCUUUGGAAUUAUUUUAUUCUUUUCUUUCUUUAUUUUCAUUAAAGAUGGGCAGACAGCCAGGUAGCCCUCAGGAGUGUUUCCAAAUUGUGUCACUUUGAGGCUCUUUGAACUGAGGAUGCAAAAAAUAAAGCAAAAAAAAAAAAGAGGGGGGGGGGGAGAGAAAAAUAGAAAAUCCAUAUAAAAACUAACUUUUCCCAUGUCAUAACCUCUCAGUGCUUCUGUCCCACUAACACACCCCAUGUACCAAAUAAAACCCUUCUAACACCUGAUGUCUACUGAAGUGCUUCGUUCUGAUGGAGGUGUACAGAGUUGGAAAUGCAGGGAUUCAUCUUCAACCUUCCAUGCUCUGACUUGGGCUUGAAAAAAUGGAAUUUGGGCGUGUUUUUUAUGCUGAAACUUUAUAAACUU